AUGGUUGGCGGCCGCAAGAACAAGUCCACAGGCCCUGCGCCUCCGUCGAAGACCCUUGUGCUCGACAAUGGUGCAUACACCAUUAAGGCUGGCUUCGUCUCCGAAGAGCUCACCGAAGAGCCCCGAGUGAUCCCCAAUUGCAUCGGCCGAGACCGAGCAAGGAAGGUCUACGUCGCAUCCGACCUGGAAAAGUGCCGUGAUUUUGGCGAGAUUCAGUUUCGACGACCGGUGGAAAAAGGUUUCAUCGUCAACUGGGAGGCUCAAAAGGAGAUUUGGGAUCACGAGUUCUUCGACGACAACGCGCCUCAGAAAUGCGACCCCUCAGAGACGAGGCUGCUCCUCACAGAGCAGCCCAACUCGCUGCCCAUCCUGCAAUCCAACUGCGACCAGAUUGUCUUUGAGGAGUACCAAUUCGCAAGCUACUAUCGCGGCAUAGGCGCCUCUUUCAACGCGUAUCACGACGUCCAAGGCAUCCUUCAGACACCCCGAGACCCGAACACGGUACCUCAGCUCCCGGCCGAAGUUGUGCUGUUGAUCGACUCUGGCUACUCCAACACGAUCGUCAUGCCACUCCUGAACGGCAGACCGCUGCACUCUGCUGUACGCAGGCUCGACGUCGGCGGAAAGCUCAUGACGAACUACCUGACGCGUCUCCUGUCUCUCAGGUACUACGAUAUGCGCAACGAUACCUACAUUGUCAACGAAAUCAAGGAACAGGCCAGCUACGUUUCUAUGGACUUCAAUGGGGACCUCGAAAAGACCUGGAAGGGCACUAGAGGCGAGAAGAGGGAGCCGUAUGUCACUGGGGCCGGUAUUGCAAAAGACUACGUGUUGCCCGAUUUCCACACGCGUACCAAGGGUAUUGUUCGAGACUACGACCCUGCGAUGCAUACAAAAGCGAGGAAGCUGGCCGCACGCACCGCAGAUAAUAACGAAGACAUCUUGACGCUCCGAAACGAACGAUUUUCCGUGCCCGAGUUGCUCUUUCAACCUUCUGACAUUGGUCUUCGUCAGCCUGGUCUUGCCGAUGUCAUCAUGCAAUCCCUGUCUGAACUCCCCAUCGGGCUCUGGCCCGGGUUGCUGGCCAACAUUGUCGUUGUUGGCGGCAACGCCUUGUUUCCCGGCUUUAUUCAGCGGCUGGAGAAGGAACUCGUCAAGCGAGUUCCUGAUGCCUGCAUUGUCCGGGUCGCGCAUCCCGUCAAUCCCAUCACUAGUACUUGGGAGGGGGGCGCCAACUUGGCCAAACACCCCGACAUCCACAGGUUCUCUGCCACGAAGCAGGAAUACGAAGAGUACGGCGCCUCGUGGGUCGCCCGAAAGUUCGGCUCGGGGAACGCAGGUGAUUGA